CAUAUGCGAGAGGCUGCAGAGAGGAGGCAGCAGCUAGAGUUAGAGCAUGAACAAGCCCUGGCCGUCCUCAGUGCCAAGCAGCAGGAGAUUGACCUUCUGCAGAAGGCUCAGGUUGAGGCUAAGAAGGAACAUGAAGGUGCCGUCCAUCUGUUAGAGAAUCACUUGGACAGCAUGCAGCUGAGAAGUAUCCUUCGCACUAGGGGCACAAUGCAGUUUUUGGCUAAAGUGAGAGAACUGGAGGGAAAAUGCCGGGCCCAAAGUGAGCAGUUCAACCAGCUGUCAAAAGAGUUGGAGAAGUUUAGAUUGCAAGCUGGAAAGUUAGACAUCCAGAGCAGCAGUCAGCUCACAGGUCGCGAUUCGCCUGGCUCACCCACCAAACCCCUCACCCUCUCUCAGCUCCUCAAUGGCCUCACUGCCCCCUCAGGGAAAGGUAAUGAGGAUUCGUUUAGUAAGAUCUCAGAGCUCAUUCGGCCUCUACAAAUGAGCGAGGGGGAAAAAGUAGAGCUCCUGUCUGUCAAACCCACCUUCUUGUCUCGCAGUACGCCCUCCAGCCCACGCCGGGCCUUCCUGUCAGAGGUGCGGCCUGUCAUCACUGCUACUAUGGACAAAGAGCUCAGCUCAUCCCCCAGGUCUAAGUCCAGAUACACAGGCAAAGUGCGAUUGUGUGUCGCUCGCUACAAUUAUAACCCUUAUGAUGGCCCCAAUGAGCACCCUGAAGCUGAGCUCCCCCUGAUGGCUGGGAAGUACUUAUAUGUUUAUGGGACCAUGGAUGAGGACGGCUUCUAUGAGGGGGAGUUGUUGGAUGGACAGCAGGGUCUUGUCCCAUCCAACUUUGUUGACUUUGUCCAGGACGAGGAGCUCCCCUCGGUUCCUCUCUCGGACCACAUAAAGGAACCGUCCUACCUCAACCACAGCCCUGCCUCUGUGCCAAGCAGCGCCGUUAGCACACUCAGCACGCUGCUGUCAGAGAAGCUGGAUGCCCUGGGCUCGGGCACCGGGACGGGCACCAGCAGCAGCAGUGGGGUGAGCAGCCUGGGCAUGAGCAUGGGGCAGGGCAUGGACUUUCUGAGACCAUGCAGCAAUGGCACAGGCACACUGGACAUGAACAUCGAUGAGAUUGGAGAAGAUAUCGUGCCUUACCCCCGCCGCAUUACUUUGAUCAAGCAGCUGGCCAAGAGUGUGAUCAUAAGCUGGGACCCUCCAGUGGUGCUGCCCGGAUGGGCUCCCAUCAGUGGCUACAAUGUUCUGGUGGAUCAAGAGGUGCGUAUGAGUGUGCCCUUCUGUGGCCGCACCAAAUCUCUUAUCGAAAAACUUAACCUGGCCUCCUGCACACAUCGGAUCUCUAUCCAAUGCAUGACUGAACGGGGGCUCUCGGAUCCACUGCGCUGCACGCUGCUGGUGGGGAAGGAUGUGGUGGUGGCACCCUACUACCUUUGUGUGGAGAACAUUACGCAAGUAUCAGCCGAACUCGCCUGGAUGCCAAGCAACAGUAACUACAGCCACACAAUCUUCCUAAACAACGUUGAGUAUGAUGUGGUGAAGCCCGGAGGGUACAAAUACCAGUUCUACAAUCUAAAACCCAUGACUGUGUAUAAGAUACGGGUUGUGGCCAGACCACAUCAGGUGCCCUGGCAGCUGCCCCUCGAGCAGAGGGAAAAGAAGGAGGUGUCAGUGGAGUUCUGCACACAGCCGGCUGGUCCUCCUUUACCUCCUCAGGAUGUGAAAGUUCAGUUGGGCCAGACUCCUGGAGUCUUGCAGAUCCGAUGGAAACCCCCUCUCCUUACUCCCACUGGCACUUCCAAUGGAGCCAGUGUUAUUGGCUACAUGGUCUGCACUAAAGGUCAAAAGAUAGCCGAGAUCAUGUACCCCACAGCAGAUUUCGUUACUGUGGAACUGAACCGUAUCCAGUGUCUGGAAGCACAAGAGGUCGUCGUGAGGACAAUAUCAGCACAAGGAGAGUCUCAGGACUCUCCCGUGGCCGCCAUUCCACACAAUUUCCUUGUGCCUCACCCCCAUCCACACCCUCACCACCAGCCUCACCCUCCACCUCAUCCCCAACCUCAUUCUCAGACGCAACCGCCCCCUUACCCCCAAGCCUACCCGCCAACCCAUCCGCAACCACACGUCCAACCCCAGCCACCCCAUCCCCACACUCAACCCCCAGUUUCACACCCUCACCCACAACAGCACAUGCACACCUCGACCUCCUCAUACCCCAUGUCUAAACCCAAACUUCUACGAAGUGCCAGAGACCCCCAUGCCAAAGAGCCAGAGAUGGGCAGGCGACUGGGGCAGCCCUGGGAGCCACACCCCCGAGUCGCAUCACCCCGACCGCCCCCUACACACCCGAGGCAGACACUGGAGCCCCCUCACAUAGAGGGCCGGCGCUCACCCUCCCCUCAGAGGAUCCUGCCCCAACCUCAGGGAGCACCCAUUCCUAACACAGUGGCUCGUGCAAUGGCCCGGCAGGCGGCGCAGAGGAACUCCCCAAACAACAAGGUGGAGAGGAGAAACAUCUUCAGCGAGAGGGGUAGUGCUCUGCACUCGCUAAACUCAGACGAGGAAGAGGAUGGGUAUGAUGCCCCCCACACCAGACGAAGAGGAGCUUCUGUGGAUGAAUUUCUCAGAGGUUCGGAGCUGGGCAGACCUCAUCAUCACUACAGCCACAGUGAGGAGUACUGCACCGAUAGCAGUCGGGGCUCAGACCUGUCUGACAUCAUGGAGGAGGAUGAGGAGGAGUUGUACUCUGAGAUGCAGCUGGAGGAAGGGCGGCGACGCAGCAUUAACUCACACAACACGCUUAAGGCAUAUUACAGGCGUCAGGACCUAGCGGCGGAACGGGACAGUUGGGACCUGCAACGAGAGGUGGUUCGACAGCGCUCCUUGCGCUCGCACAAGCGCCUCCAUAGCAUCCCAGAAGUGGCAGAGGAGGAUCCAGAUGCAGGGGUGGAGGUCAUGGGCCAACGGCUGCGCUUCGAGGAGAAUUGUCCAGGAACUCCGUGCAGGAGCCCGCGGGUCUACCACCAGGACUCGCGGAAGCAGAAUCACCUCUCCCCUAGCAAGUGCGUCCGUAGGUUGCAGAGGCAGCGCUCCUCUCCACGUUACACCUCCAUCGAGGAUAGGGCUCCUGGAGGUCAGUGUUGGAGCAGCUGCAGUAGCAGACAAACCACCAAGAGCCCUGACAGCGGACUAGACUGUGGAAGUGAGGAAGAGGGCUCGCUCGGCUACCGGGGAGGGUACCAUUCGUACACAGGUGGCAGUCCACUGCGGGUCGGUUCUGGCCCCAACAUCCGGGUAAUUCACUGCGAGGGGCCAGUGGAGCGUCGAGCUCUGGCUGUCGGCAGGAAAAGGACACUGACUCGACAAUGCAGCAUGGAGGAUGACUUUCAAGACACUCUCCCGGAGACACGGAGCAUGCGGGAGUCCUACCACCAUUACCACUAUCAUCCACACCUUCAUCAACCUCAACGCAGGUUCCGGAGCGAGGGCAGGCUGAGUGAGGUUGGCAGAACCUAUCACAGUGACAUUAGGGCCUACUCUGUGGCCAGACUCAACAGGGCAAUGGAUGAACCCCUGAUUUUAGGGAGCUCUCCCUCAACGGGACGCUCUGAUCGACUGGACCAUUCUGACCAUAGGAUGAAUCAUGGCUGUCGACCCCCUCAGAGAAGGCCCAUGAAUGUUCCUUCCAUUGAGAUCACCGUGGAGAAUAACAGUGAGGGGAGUGAGGGGAACCUCUCACCUGUCAAGGACGAUGUUUACUAUACCAAUGUAGCCCACUGCAGGAAAUGGUCCCCACAGAGAACCGAGCACCGAUAUGAUGGUUAUGAAGGACAACAACGGCGGUCUCUGGAAUACUAUGAAUCAGAGCCAGACGACUUGUCCCGAAUCUUUGUGGCAAUGUUUGACUACGACCCACUGUCAAUGUCUCCCAACCCUGAUGCUGCUGUAGAAGAGCUUCCCUUCAAGGAGGGCCAGAUCAUAAAGGUGUUUGGAGAGAAGGACACAGAUGGAUUCUACAGGGCAGAGAUCUGUGGCCGCAGGGGGCUCAUCCCCUGUAACAUGGUCUCAGAAAUCCAGACUGAUGAUGAUGAAAUGAUGGACCAGCUGCUCAAACAGGGUUUCCUUCCUCUCAACACCCCCAUUGAGAAAAUAGUGAACUGUAAUAGGUUCAAAGAUGGCCGUUCAAUUAACCGCAGGUCCCGGAAAUCCAAGAGAGAGAGGAACAAAAGGAGUGGAAGGCAGCACCAAGUGUCCACACGGAGGAUGGUGGCCCUAUAUGACUAUGACCCCAGAGAGAGCUCACCUAAUGUGGAUGUGGAGGCCCGCUAUGGGGGCAACGUGCAGAGUGAGGAGGCUGAGCUGACAUUCUGUGCGGGCGAUGUGAUCACAGUGUUUGGAGAGAUUGACGAGGAUGGCUUUUAUUACGGAGAACUUAAUGGACACAAGGGUCUGGUUCCCUCCAACUUUCUUGAAGAAGUGCCUGAUGAUGUGGAGGUUUACCUUACCAACACCCCGAGCCGUCACUCCCAGUUCCACCCCUCCCGGACGAAGAGUAAAAGGAAGAAGAGUGUUCAUUUCACUCCGUAACGGCUCAGUAUCUGUCACGUACCCGUGGAAAAAGCGGGCCCUACCAGAAGAAGUGCCACCCCCACAGUGCGCCCACACAUCCCGGGGUCCAGCC